GUCUGAGGGGAGCGGCGCCAGGAGACGCCGCCACCAUCGCCAAAGCUGCAGACACAGGCUCGGCCUCGCCCUUCGGGCCACUUUGGGACCUGCUGCCCGACAGCUUCAGCCCCGCGGCCCUGCGCGCUGCGAUCUCAGGUUGGUUUAACUCUGGAAAGAAAAAAUCGACACCUUGCAUCCUGGAAAUUCAUUUAAGAGACUGCAAUUAGGGACUUAUUUCACAUUUGGACAUGGCUAAUCGAGGAGCAACAAGACCCAAUGGGCCAAAUACUGGAAAUAAAAUAUGCCAGUUUAAACUAGUACUUCUUGGAGAAUCUGCUGUUGGCAAAUCAAGCCUAGUGCUUCGUUUUGUGAAAGGCCAGUUUCAUGAAUUUCAAGAGAGUACCAUUGGGGCUGCUUUUCUUACCCAAACUGUGUGUCUCGAUGACACAACAGUAAAGUUUGAAAUAUGGGACACAGCUGGUCAAGAACGAUACCACAGUCUAGCACCAAUGUACUACAGAGGAGCACAAGCGGCCAUAGUUGUAUAUGAUAUCACAAAUGAGGAGUCCUUUGCCCGAGCCAAAAACUGGGUUAAAGAACUUCAGAGGCAAGCCAGUCCUAACAUCGUAAUAGCUUUAUCGGGAAACAAGGCUGAUCUCGCAAAUAAAAGAGCUGUUGAUUUCCAGGAAGCACAGUCCUAUGCAGAUGACAACAGCUUAUUAUUCAUGGAGACAUCAGCUAAAACAUCAAUGAAUGUAAAUGAAAUAUUCAUGGCAAUAGCUAAAAAGUUGCCAAAGAAUGAACCACAGAAUCCAGGAGCAAAUUCUGCCAGAGGAAGAGGAGUAGACCUUACCGAACCCACACAGCCAACCAGGAGUCAGUGUUGUAGUAACUAAGCCUCCAGUUUGAACCAGCUGGAAUAUUCGUCUGCUUCCUAAAUAUUAAUAACAGAGGAUUUGGAGCAUCUAACCAGCCCAGUAUGACUUCCAAAAAGAAGAGACUUUAGAGUCAACUUUCUAAUACAGAAUUAUUUUAAGUGUUUUGAACUUAAUUUUUAAUAACAUGCAUGUGACUCUCUAACGUUUCAGCGGUAGAAAGGGGAAAAUAAGAGCUUUGUGUAUGCUUGUUUCCUUGGAAGGUUUAGGGGAUCACUUCUGAUCACCAGGCAUAUAGACAAAUGAAUAUCCUGAUCCACGGUAACCAGCCAGUUCUGUGAAGAAGUCUAUGAAAAAGAUUCGGAACUUACAAAAUUUGGACUUACAAAGAAAGGUGUUCCUUUUUUUUGAGGGUGAUCAAAGGUAUUUAUGCUUAGCUUCAGUAUUCAGGCAACUGUAAUUUCUCCUAGUAAUAGUUACUUUAAAGUGUACAUUCUAUGUUUCAACAAAUUAACCGCAAGAGAACUCCACACCUCCAUGGCGGGGGGAAUUAAUACUAGUGGCAUCUAAAUUAAUAACCAGCAGUUUAAAUUUUUUGACUGCGGUUAAAAAACAAAUGUAAUCCCAUCUUGUUUUAGUAUGUAUGCAUCUUAAUGGGUAGUGUUCCCUUCAUUUGUGCGAGCUCUUCAACAAAAAACGCAACCACGUGUCUGAUUUCUGUUUAAUCACUGCGGCCAUUACAGUAGGUGGUUUUGGUUUGGGGGAGGGAGAAGGGGCUUUUGAUCCCUUUGGACAUAAUAUAGGCAAUGCACUAACAAUUAUGUACAUUCAAACUUGAUCAUUUUAAGUUUAAUUUUCAGCUGUACUGUAAAUAGGGUACUGCAUCAUAGUCUCCAUAUAUGUUUAUUACUUUUCUGUAAUAUUUAAGAGUGGCUUAAAAGUAUACAAAAUGUACAGUUACUAAAACAGCUAAUUUUUUCCUCCUCUUACCCAGAUUUGAAAGAAGGAGGCUUCACUUGUACCUACAGAGCCUAGAACCAUAACGAAAGGGUGUAUCUGUAAUUUGUAACAUAAAGUAUUGAGACAUGUUAGUAAAGAUCUUGCUGCCUUGUUUCCAAAGUUCUUUUUAUUUUGUUCAGUUCAGUAUAUUGCACUAAUUGUUUUAGAUAUUUUCAUUAUAUGAAAUCUACCUUGAGUCAGAGAUGAUUUAAUCUAUUUAAGUGUUGAACUGCUAGCGGAACUUGUACAUUUAUAAUAAUUCAGAAUUAGUAAGGAAAACAGUUCACCAGUGUUUAGUUUUAUACUGAGGUGCUCAGGUUGGAAUAAAGUGGUAUGAAAAAGCA